ACUACUAGAAGGGUUGAUCUCAAACUUUCCACUUUAGUUUAACGCGAUCAGCGAAAGCGCCAGGAUGUUACUUCCGAUCUUGCUUGUAGUCCUUGCCGUCUACCUCUUCCAGAAGUGGACCUACAGCCACUGGAAGCGCCGGGGAGUUCCUCAACUGAAUCCAGCGUUUCCUUUUGGAAACGUUGCGGACACCUUUAAGCAGCGCACCUCCUAUUCGAAUCGUCUCGCCGAACUCCACCAUCAAGCCGUCCGCGAUGGCCAUCGAUUCGUCGGAAUCUACACGUUGCUCCAACCGAUCCUGCUCGUAACGGACGUGGAAUUGGUCAAACGGAUGCUGACCGUUGAUUUUGAACACUUCGUGGAUCGUGGAGCGCACGUCAAUGAGAAGCGCGAUCCUUUGAGUGGCCACCUGUUCUCGCUGACCGGAGCCAAGUGGAGACGGAUGCGGUUGAAGUUGACUCCGGCCUUCACAACCGCCAAGCUCAAGGCCAUGUUCCCGACGAUGAUGGCAUGUGGUCGAACCCUUUCGGCGGUGAUCGAUGAUCACGUGGGACGAGCCUUGGCUAUUCGCGAUCUUAUGACCCGGUUCACCAUGGACGUGAUCGCCUCGGUAGGGUUCGGGUUGGAGUGCAACAGUAUGAGGAAUCCGGACGAACUGUUCCGGCAGAUGGGAGGGAGGUUCUUCUCCAAGAGUUGGAAGACUUCCGUGCGGAUGUUGUUGGCCUUUGUGGCGCCGAAGAUCAAUCGAUAUUUACAAGUGAAACUGAACGACGAUGACGUUGAAGAGUACAUGCUGAACUUGGUGAGGGAUACGAUCGCGAAGCGGGAAGGCGGCGGUGAGGUGAGGAAAGACUUCAUUCAGCUGUUGGUGCAGUUGAGGAAUCAGGUUGAGGUGAAAGAUGGUGGAAGUUGGGAGAUGAAUAAGGUCGAUCAGAAUAAGACUUUGACCGUGGAGGAAAUGGCGGCGCAGUCGUUUGUGUUUCUGAAUGCCGGGUAUGAGACCACCUCUUCAACCGUAACGUUCUGCUUGUUUGAGCUGUGCCGCAAUAAGGAUCUCAUAGGGAAAGUGCAGGAGGAAAUCGACAGGGUGAUGGAUGGUGGCAAAGGGAUCAGUUAUGAAGCGCUUGCGGAAAUGACCUAUCUGGAGAGUUGCAUCGAUGAAACACUGCGAAAGUAUCCGAUCUCACCCGUUCUGUUCAGGGUUUGCACCAAACCGUACAAAAUUCCUGAAACGGAUGUCGUAAUCGAGAAAGAUACUUUGGUACAAAUUUCACUGGUAGGGUUACAGCGUGACAAGAGGUAUUAUGAGGAUCCGGUGAAGUUCGAUCCGGAUCGGUAUGGGGAACGGAAAUCGGAAACAAUGCCCCAUUACAGUUUUGGAGACGGUCCAAGAGUCUGUAUAGGGCUCCGAAUGGGGAAGGUAAUGGCCAAAAUGGCUCUGGUGGAACUUCUGUCCCGGUAUGAUUUUGAACUUGAGUCUCCGGCAGCGGAUUCGGGUGAAAUCGAGCUGGAUCCUUCGCUGCUAAUGCUUCAAGCCAAACACGAUGUCAAGCUGAUUCCGAGGCUUCGGGCGAAGUAAAGUGAAGUAAAGGUUUCAAAUGGAGUUGAGUAAUGGAAGCAUUAGGAAAAAUCUUUCAUUUUUGCAAGCAUGAAGAAAAAAUUCCAUUCUAUUCUUGAAUUCAUAAAGCUCUCUUUACAUAAAUUUGUUUUAAAUCUAUAUUACACAUCUGCAACCAUAUGUUCAAUUAGCAGCGGUUACAUUUACCUAAAACCCUGAUGGUCCUCUUGUCAGUGUCAUCGCCCAACCGCGUCAACUUCCCUUUUCCCAAGUGUAAACAUCAUCGGAGAACACGAACAGGAAAUUGAAAUAAAUCAUCACUUAAUGCUUAAAA